AUGUACGUGGACGACUUGGCUACCGCUGCCUUAGACGUCAAGGAGCUCGACUGGUUUGAAGAUCGCUUACAAUCACGAUUUGUUACUAAGCCAAUGGGCGAAAUAUCAAUGAUCCUCGGAAUUAAAGUUAUUAAGGACAGAGCAAAAAGGACUGUUGAGCUUAAUCAAGAGAUAUACUUAGACAAAGUCUUGAACAAGUUUAGGAUCCCGAACCCCGUUUCUAAUGUGAAGAAUGUAUCCACACUUAUAGAUGGCUAUAACGAUCUCCGCCCAGCUUCGGACCAAGAUAAGAAGGUUGAUGCUAUUUGGUACCGUGAAGACUUAGCAGAACAUCACGCUUUAGCGCUAAAGCGCUUGAUGCGCUACUUACGGUUCACUAUCUCCUUCGCUAUCUCUUUCGGUCCUUUAAGGGACCUAGUAGUUUACUCGGAUGCAGAUUACGAUGGCGAUAAGGAUAGCAAGAAAAGCAUCUCCGCUGCAAUAGGCCUUAUAAGAGGAGGGCUAGUAUUCUUCGGAAGUCGCAAACAAACCUUUGUAGCCACGGCUAUUACAAAGGCCGAAUACGCAGCUAUAUGCUAUACCGCGAAGCAAGGCCAAUGGGUUGCUUAA